AUGAUGGCGACCACCACGAUGGUAGUAUCACCUUUAGCGACGCAGCCAUCCCCAAAGAACAAACGGCGGUUAUUCGCCGAGGCCCGCCAGAACAGCCUUCAAAAAUUAAGCAUAAUUUUCGACCACGGAAACAAAAAUGGCAAUGGUGGGGAGACGACAUGGUGUUUCAGCCAGGUGAAGGGUACCUUGGAAGAUGACGUCACCGAAGCUGAUCUGAUAUCAUGCGUAGAAUUCAACCAUGACGGCGAACUACUCGCCACUGGCGACAAGGGCGGCAGGGUUGUUAUAUUCCAGAGGGACCCAGCAUCGAAGCAAUGUGUCCCCAAGAAGGGGGAGUACAAUGUGUACUCAACAUUCCAGUCACAUGAACCGGAGUUCGAUUAUCUCAAAUCGUUAGAGAUUGAGGAGAAGAUCAACAAGAUCCGAUGGUUGAAACGGAAGAAUCAGGCACACUUUCUACUGUCCACCAACGACAAGACCAUCAAACUGUGGAAGGUGUCGGAGCGUGACAAGCGAGUGACAGGCUACAACACGCGCGAGGAGGGAGGCCGGCCGCGGGACCCGGCGCGCAUCACUCAGCUGCGCGUGCCCACCGUGCGGGCCGCCGAGCUCAUGGUGGAAGCCUCGCCUAGGAGGAUAUUCGCGAACGCUCACACAUACCACAUAAACUCAAUAUCCCUGAAUUCGGACCAGGAGACGUAUCUCUCAGCAGAUGACCUGCGCAUCAACCUCUGGCACCUGGAGAUUACUGACCAGAGCUUCAAUAUUGUUGAUAUUAAACCCGCCAAUAUGGAGGAGCUUACAGAGGUCAUAACGGCGGCGGAGUUCCAUCCGACUGAAUGCAAUCUCUUUGUCUAUUCUAGUAGUAAGGGUACAAUAAGGCUAUGCGACAUGCGCGCGGCGGCGCUAUGCGACCGUCACGCGAAGCUCUUCGAGGAGCCCGAGGAUCCACAUGCGAGGUCAUUUUUCUCUGAGAUCAUCUCCUCCAUCAGUGAUGUCAAGCUUAGUAAUUCUGGAAGAUACAUGAUGUCGCGAGACUACUUAGGUUUAAAAGUAUGGGAUUUACGCAUGGAGACGAAGCCUGUAGAAACAUACCCAGUACACGAGUACCUGCGGUCCAAGCUGUGUUCCCUGUAUGAGAACGAUUGUAUCUUUGACAAGUUCGAGUGUUGCUGGAGCGGAGACGACCAGCGGCUCAUGACCGGGUCUUAUAAUGGAUUCUUUAGGAUAUUCGAGCGCGGCGGCUGCGGGUCAGGCUGCGGCGCGCGGCGCGGCGAGCUGACGCUGGAGGCCGCGCGGGACGCCGCCGCGCGCCCGCGACAGCCACUGCGCGCGCGCAGGGUCGCCACCACUGCCAAGAGGAAGAAGGAUGAAAUAAGCGUAGACUGCCUGGACUUUAACAAGAAGAUUCUCCAUACGGCAUGGCAUCCUCACGAGAGUAUAAUAGCGGUGGCGGCCACGAACAACCUCUUCAUAUUCCAGGACAAGUUCUAG